AUGAACCCGCAAUCCCGAUCUACGUCGUUCUCGACCUCCCGAUUCUCCUACGCCGUGUCCAUUGCCGAACAAGGAGAAGCCCAAACGGCCCAAGGAGUUGCCGCGCAACAUCAGAUCGAGGAGGAGAUUGCGAAGAUCAAGCGAUAUGAGGACUUUACAACCAUUGAUUGGGUGCAAGAUGCGGCACGAGAACAACUGCGCAGAAAGGCGCGCCGCAAGAGAAAUGCUGGGCUUUGGGACGCCGGCCGGUUCGACUGGCGACAUAGGAUACGAGAAUCUUACGAUGCUGCUCAAGGCUGGAUUGUCGUCACCAUAAUUGGCGCGGCAAUCGGGCUCAAUGCUGCGUUUUUGAACUCAUUACGGAAUGGCUUUCCGACAUCAAGCUUGAUCUUGUUCGCCUGCACAUCAGCCACCCUGGUCAAAUCAUAUGCCCCCUACGCCGCUGGCUCUGGCAUCUCCGAGAUCAAAUGCAUUAUCGCCGGCUUCGUCAUGAAGGGGUUUCUUGGUUUUUGGACUCUGAUUAUCAAGUCCUUGGCCCUACCACUUGCUAUCGGCUCCGGUCUCUCCGUCGGAAAGGAAGGACCUAGUGUACACUACGCUGUGUGCACGGGAAAUGUCAUAUCGAGGCUCUUCGCCAAGUACAGACGAAAUGCGUCCAAGACGCGUGAGAUUCUCAGCGCUUGUGCUGCCGCGGGUGUUGCCGUCGCCUUCGGCAGCCCUAUCGGAGGAGUGCUGUUCUCGCUCGAAGAGAUGUCCAGCUAUUUCCCCCUCAAGACCAUGUGGCGAAGCUACUUCUGCGCCCUGGUCGCAACGGCCGUCCUGUCUGCCAUGAAUCCCUUCCGGACUGGGCAGUUGGUCAUGUUCCAGGUUCAUUACGACAGAUCGUGGCAUUUCUUCGAGAUCUUAUUCUUCAUCCUGCUCGGCAUCUGUGGCGGUCUAUACGGUGCUUUUGUCAUGAAGUGGAACCUCAGGGUGCAAGCAUUCCGCAAGAAGUACCUAACCAACUACGCUAUUCUCGAGGCUACUCUGCUGGCGGCUGCAACGGCUAUCGUGUGCUAUCCUAACAGUUUUCUGAGAAUCGAAAUGACCGAAAGCAUGGAGAUUCUCUUCCUCGAGUGUGAAGGCGCUGCGGAUUAUCAAGGCCUCUGCGACAAGGACCACCGUUUUCGUAACGUCGUUUCUUUGCUGCUAGCAACCGUCAUCCGCAUCUUCUUCGUCAUCAUCUCAUACGGCUGCAAGGUUCCAGCCGGUAUCUUUGUGCCAUCUAUGGCCAUCGGCGCCUCCUUUGGCCGCUCAGUGGGUAUCAUUGUUCAGGCAAUCCACGAGGCUAAUCCGACGAGCCCAUUCUUCGCUGCCUGCUUGCCCGACGUGCCAUGCAUCACACCCGGAACAUAUGCCUUCCUCGGCGCGGCCGCCGCUCUGAGCGGUAUCAUGCACAUCACCGUCUCAGUGGUGGUUAUCAUGUUCGAGCUUACCGGUGCCCUCACCUACAUCCUACCAACCAUGAUUGUCGUCGGUGUAACCAAAGCCGUCAGUGAGCUAUUCGGAAAAGGUGGCAUAGCAGACCGCAUGAUUUGGUUCAGCGGCUUCCCCUUCCUCGACAACAAGGAAGAGCACAACUUCGGCGUGCCUGUCUCUCACGCCAUGAUCAAGGAUGUCACGUCCAUUCCCACCAACGGUAUGACCCUCCAGCAAAUCGAGGCUCUUCUCGUCGAGGACAACUACCAAGGUUUUCCCAUCGUGGAAGACGAGCGCUCCAAGAUCUUGGUCGGCUAUAUCGGUCGGACAGAGCUACGCUACGCUGUCGAUCGCGCAAAGCGCGAGAGGACGCUCAGUCCUGAAGCCCAAUUCAUCAUCCACCCCGCCGCCACUUCAUCCUCAUCCUCCUCCAACUUCGUCAACUUCUCCCGCUACGUAGACACCACCCCCGUCUCCGCCCACCCGCGCCUGCCCCUCGAGACCGUCAUGGAACUCUUCCGCAAGAUCGGCCCGCGCGUGAUCCUGAUUGAGUACCACGGCAAGCUGAUGGGGCUUGUCACUGUGAAGGAUUGUCUCAAGUAUCAGUUCAAGGUUGAAGCUAUGGAGGAGGUUGCUAAUGGACAUGGAGCCGCCGAGCAACAGCAGCAGCAGCAAGGGGUUGUUGUUAGUAACGAUGAGAGACUGUGGGAGUUGAUGCAGAGAGUUGCAGGGUGGUUGUCUGAUAAAGUGUCGAUUGCGAGUGGUGGGAGGAUUAGGUUGAGGGAUUCGUUAGAUUUGCCUAGAGAGCCUCUUGUAGGUGGUGGUGGUGGUGGUGGUAAUAGUACGGCGAGGAGAAGGGAUGAUCAUCAGAUAUUAGAUGGGACGGAAGAUGAGGAUGAAGAUGGGGUUGAACUGGAGAGUCGGGAUCGGGAUCGGGAGAGGUACCCGCGAUGA